CCUCUUCAAACUGGCUAAAAUGCUGAACUGCAACGGACGUUCCCAGUUUCUAGCUUUCGGUUUCGGUCCCCAAACGCAUUACUGAUAUAGUGGAUAUAUCUUAGCUGUGGUGCGAUGAACUACCAGCAACAGCAGCAGCACCAGUUCCAUCACUACCAUCAUCAUAUCCAUCAAGUGCAAUCGGAAUCGCAGUUGGAGCGACGUAACUCCGUAACUUCGGAGCAAAAUCCCAAUAGGAAUACGGAUCGCAUUGGUUCCACUAUGGAUUUCCGAAAUCUAUGUCAGCGCAUCGAUGUAGAGAAUUUGAGAUCGAAAUUGCCUCAACUGAAGUUGCCCAAAUCGUUGCCCAAGUUGCGCGGUCGCAAGAUUUUUCGCAGCUCCAAGAGCGGAGCAGAUGCAGCCGGUGGAGCAGCAGCAGGAUCCACGAAAGAUGGAGGACAGCCACAGCAAUCUCAUCUCCAGGUGGCCCCCCAGUCCCAGCAGUUUAUCAACAGGACGCCCCAGAGGAUCUCGACCAUCAGUUCGCUGAUGUACGAGGGUGAUCACGAGGAGGGCCGGGCAAACCUGGGACGAUCACAGCCGGGAACGUAUAGAAGUGCUGGGAGUCUCGACGACGAUUACUAUGCACCCGGAAGCGGGGAAAGGGCUUCGCGACCCAUCAGUCCCAUCAAAAUACCAACUGGCGGGGCAGACACCCCUCCGACUGGGAAUUCCCGCACCACGUUAACCCAACGAUUGCAGAAGGGCUACAAGAGUCUCAGCGAACUGAGGCUGAAACACAUCUUCGCCAAGCAAACGACGGUACGAAAGGACAACAUCGAGGUGGAUCGCUAUGUGGAGCAGUACGAGCGGGAGCUGAAAUCGGAGAAACUGGCCCGGGAACGCAGGGAUCGCGAAAUAGCCGAGAACUAUGACAUCAAGAUCAAAACAUUGGUGGGCACCCGUCAAAACACCUUCGACGACGACGAGGUGGAGCACGAACAGUUCGAGAAGGGCAAGAUCAGCCACGAAACCGAUGAGAGCGGCAUGGAGGCCACACCGCCACUACCAAGUCGCCGAAAGCCAGGUAUAGCCGCCACCAGAUUCGCAAAGGUUAGGAAGCCUCCUUUGGAAAUGGAGGAGCAGGCGGCCGCGGAAGUGGAAUCAUCAGCAAACCAAGUGCCACCUCCACGACGUCCCAGUAGCUAUAAGCAAUUGCUCAACAAGUUGCCCCAUCUACCAAGUCUACCCAAUCUGCCACAACUCUCCAGGGGCAAAGAGGAGGCGUCCAAGACCGAUGAGAAUGCUGAGGAGAAUAAUCCCAGCUCAAAGUUGGGCAUUAGGCAAAACAUCAAGAGGCUUAGAAAGUCCAUUAAACGGCCAGCCAAGAUCAAGCCCAAGGCCACCACAGAUUCGGAUGAGGAAGAGGACGGCGAGGGCGAGGGCGAUAAGCCCAAGGAUCAACCUGGCAAAAGCUCCUCCAUGAAUCUGAGAGCACGUCUCAGUCGAUUUGCAUCCACAGAACAGCUCCAGCAGCGUUGGCGAAAGAGCUUCAAGAGUUCGAAGGAAUCCAAAGAGGGCGAAGGAACACCGGGUGCAAAUGUAGAGCCCACGGCGACAUCUGGAGUUCUGGGCGGCCUGCUCCUGGGCUCUCAGCUGGAGAAGACCCUGGCCAAACUCAAUGAGAAGGUGCAUCAGCUUAAGUUUUUUCAGCGCCACUCCAGCCAAAACCCGGAAAUGUCGCAACCCAAACCCAAUACAGUGGGCCACGAGCCGGUCGAAAUCGAUGAUGACGAGGAACUGGCGGCCACCUACCAUCGCAGCGAUAGCCUCGAGAAUGAGAACGACCAGAACGAUGACAGUGGCGAAGAUAUAUCCGCUGAAGAGGCGUUUGGCCAGAUCCAGCCGGAGGAUCCGGAUCAGGCAAGGAAGGGUCCAUCCCUAUCGGGAACUGCGGCCACCCACGCUGCUCGCCAGAUGGCGAAGCUGGCUGAGAUUCAGGCGGCGUCAAAGAGCGGAGCGGCUGCCUGGAGCAGCGAAUCGCUGGAGGAGAUAGCCGACGAGGACUAUCCGAGGGUUCUUAUCCACCAGGAGCACUCCGAUGCCUACGAGUCCACGCUGAUCAUAGCGGUUGCCUCGAAGGGCUCCGUUUCUCCGGGCAUCAGAAGUGUCGGUUAUUCGCCUCGCCCUGGCGUUAAAAGUUUCCCUGCUACUGGCCCCAGAGGUUCUCCCUAUCCUGAGAUCACAAUUUCAUCUUCUGGACCACGGAGCUCGUCCUGUUCACCGUCCUCUGGUUAUCCUGGUGAUUCGGGUGCCCAACCGACGGCUAAGAGAAGUCCAUCGCCGGAAUUCAAGACCCCAGCAGCGGGCAUCAAAGUCCCACCAGCUGAGGCCAACGCUUGGUUGCCCAACGAACAGAUCAUCGCCGGCUUCAAGGAGCAGGCAUCCUGGCCAGCUCCGACAUUGUACAAGCCCAAGAGCAUCGAUAUAUUCGAGGCGUCGGCGGGCGGCUCCGCAGCCUUUGCCGAUUUCGAUGAGGCCCUGCGAAAUGCCCCAGUUUUGAGGAUAAGUGCUGGGAGUAGUAUCGAUACUACUACCAGUGGCGAGGAGGCGGACGACAGCAGCUCCCGGGUCACUAGGAUACGGGUGCAGAGUCCACAGAUCGGGAAUAGUAGGGAGAGCCUGAUGGCCCAGGAGGAGGAGGACGAAGAGGAUGCGGAGUUGGCUGAGGAGCAGGAGCAGGAGCAGGACCGGUACUCGGAGAGGGACGCCUCGGAGCGACCGCCAUCAGAGUCGCCACCGCCGCCGCCACUUCCACAGCGACGACCGCCUAAACGCCCGGCAACGCCACCCAUUUACGAUGCAGUGCCUCCGCCGCUGCCCAUCAGCAAACCACCGCCCCCUCCCCCAGAAACUGUUGCUACCGCAGUAGCACCCGCUGCUCCUGCCAGUCGAGGUAUACCCCAGAGAAGCGCCUCCAUGUCGCGACCGGCCAAGCCCCUGGUCAAAACCAGUUCCCUGCGACUCACCUACAACGAGCAGGUGCGACCAGGGGAUGUGGGCAAGGUCAAUAAGCUGAUAUCCCGUUUCGAGGGCGGUAGACCCCGACUUUGUCCACGGAGGAUGCACAGCGAGGAGUACGAGCGAAGUGGCCAAGAAGAGGACGAGGUGGAGCCGGAGAUGGAGCAAAUCUUGGAGCUUCAAAUAACCGAAAGACAGACCAUGGACUCGGUGACACCCACGAAUCGGGCUGUGGUAAUACCACAAAUAACUCUCAAUAACAACAAUGCAAGGCAAACAACCGACGAACAGGACGAGAUCGCAAGAAGUAGGAAAAAGAAGUCCAUGGAAUUAGCUCUGGAUCGCCAGAACUCCAAUUGCAGCAGAUCGGAGUACGGUUCUCCGUUAUCCUUUCCCAGCAGCCGGCGAAGUUCGACGCCCACGAACAUCAACUCCAACUCCAAUCCCAUUCCGAACCACAGUUCCAAUCUCAACCAGAAUCCCGUUCAAGUCCUCCAGCAUCAACGACGCAGCCGACGGUCAAUGACCCGCGAUGAUGACAAUUUCUAUAGCUUCGAUAGCGACGAAGAGAACAGCUACUAUUCCAUAAGUCCCUCGGGCAGCAGUCGCUAUGUGGUGGAGAUCUGAGCGAUAAAUUAGGAAAAUAUUUUAUAGGCCCUGCUUAUUGAGUGCUUUAAACACAAAAAAAAAAUAAAUAAGUAUUAAUAACAUAUAUUUAACCAAAAAUAAGGAGAUAAUCAAAAAUAGCUGCAGUUAAACCCAAAGCUUCCAAAACAAAUCAUGUGAAAUUUUAAUAAUAAAAUACCAAGGUGAAGCAAUGUUUUCAAACCAAAUAUGUACUUUGUGUAUAUCCAAAUCUACAAAAUUAAAUUUUUUUUCUCUAGCUUAAGCUUUUAUUUAAAAUAACUUAAAAGAAAAGACCAAAAAUAAACAAUCGAUAUAAAAAUCGUGUAUAUGAACAAAUUAUCGUUUUUAUUGGUGCAUUUAAGGUAUUAGUGUUUUUAACCGAAUUUUAAAAAGUCUUCAACUAAAAGGAAACACAUCUGCUGUACUUUAUUACUGGUGACACAAUUAUUUUUAAAUUUAAACUGUACAUUUUUCUGUUAAUUUAUCUCAAAAUUAUUUAAUGUGUCCAUUUGAAGAAAAUCGUAUCAUUACUUUAAAGUAUAUAUCUGAAAAAGUAUCGAUCCAAUUAAUUUGAGUUUUUAAAAUUAUUUAAAGAAGA